ACCAGCUGUUGUCUGCAAGACGAAGGAAAAGUGGAUGUGUCUCGACUGAUCGUGAGCCGACACGAGACCGACCGCAGCGCUCAGCGGCACGUUUGGAGCCCGAUGAUGGUGCCGGAUGACUGAUGGGAACACUGGAGCCUCGCCAGUCUCCCAGUGAUAGUCCCAGUUACAUAACUGGAGGCAUCGAUAAAGAAGAAAAACUGUGAUAACGGACUGGUGCCAAUACAGGUCGGAGUUGAAGCCAUUUUUUUCUGCUCCGACAGAUUGUCUCACCAGCUGGGCUAAAACUCAGGCCAUUUGUUGAGCGUAAAAUCGGUAGGGGUGCUCUGAAGUGACGCCGCCGCCAUCAUGAACGUGGGCACGGCGCACAGCGAGGUGAACCCCAACACUCGAGUGAUGAACAGCAGAGGAAUGUGGCUUUCUUACAUCCUGGGCAUCGGCCUCCUGCACGUCAUCCUGCUCAGCAUCCCCUUCGCCAGCGUGCCCGUGGUCUGGACCCUCACCAACCUCAUUCACAAUCUGUGUAUGUACCUCCUACUUCACACGGUCAAAGGGACGCCCUUUGAGACCCCAGAUCAGGGCAAGGCUCGUCUUCUGACACACUGGGAGCAGAUGGACUACGGUGUGCAGUUCACCGCUUCACGGAAAUUCCUCACCAUCACACCCAUUGUCCUGUACAUUCUAACCAGCUUCUACACCAAAUAUGAUCGGGCCCAUUUUGUGGUCAACACAGUUUCCUUGCUCACUGUGCUGAUCCCCAAGCUGCCGCAGCUGCACGGCGUGAGGAUCUUUGGGAUUAAUAAGUACUGACAAGGCGGAAGAGGACACCUCCUUCCUGAAGUCCCUGCGGACUUCUGAGAGCACACAGAGUAUCAGGCCUCUGAUUUGGCUGCAGAUCCAGCAAGGAUCCGCGGCUCUCCGGCUCCCGACUCUGCUGAGCGGCACUCUAAAUGAAGCCUCCUGGGGAUACUGCCAUGGUACCAAACCCCAGGAAAGUGACACUUUACAGAGAGCACAAAGGGAAAGUGUGCUGUUGUCAUUGUUCGUGGCUGUUCUUUGAGACACAGAUUUUUUUAGAGACACUUUAAAAAAAGGGAGUAUUAUGAUUAUGUUCAUUUCUGUAGAAAUGCUUUUUUGAUGUGACAGGUGUCAGGACGGAGAGGACAAUGUAGUUGCACAAAAUCGUGCCAUUUUACAUUCACUGGCACACUGGGGCUGUAAUCAAAAGUUAUUUUGUAUGUAAUGAUACACUGCUGUAUUUAUUCAGCUGCAAUCCGACGAGAAGCUUCCUCUUUCUUGAGGUUUCUGGGCUCUGAGGAGAGCAACAAUACUUUAAUGAAACAGUGAGGGACCUGUGAACUGCUGCAGAGGCGAGACACGAGAAACCACAAGGGUUAUAUUUAGCCCUAGCUGUCCUGCUCAGGGCCAAGAUUGGGAAGUUAAGCAACUCUUAUUUUUAUCUGACCAUUUCCAUAUUUGGACUCCUCUUGUCCUGGUUUGUGUCACAGUGAAGCCUCCUGUCUGCAGAGUCGUCAAGAGCAGGAGCCCUUGACUGAUUUAAAAUAACCAAAAGUCCUGAAAUAGCAGUGAAGAGAUACGUAUGUCUGUCUGUACUUUAUUAUAGUUACAUAAAAGGGCUCAUGCUUGUAACUAAAAGUACCCAAGACCUAGCAUCAGCCUCUUACGUCUGCAUCCCAGGUUCAAAUCUGGAGGCAAACCACGCACGCGAGUGACUAGUUUAUUAGGUACGCCUGUGCAAGUCAAUGCAAACUCAGUAGCCUUGCAGUAAUUUCUGAGGUGUUUCUAUUGCUCUGUUCACUGCCAAUGACAUAUAUGAAAAUGGUUUAAUUUCUGUAAGAAAAAUCAUGACUAAAUAUACCUGUCAAUAGGGCUGUACCAGACUCAGAAUUAUGCCAGUCUGGUGGGAUUUGGCUGUUCAAUAUAAAUAUUAGAAGAUUCAUUGUGUUCUCCAUACAAAGUUUUAAAAUAUAACAGGGCUCUAUUGGAUGUUCAUUGUUUCAGCAGCACUUAUUACUGAUAUAGUAAACAAGCUAACAGUGCUAACAGCAGGUCGCAAAUGUGCAACUACAUUUUUUGCCAACACUGCAAAUUAAACAAAAGCCAGAGACUGUGUCGUAUUAAGCUGCUGUGAGUCGCAAAUUCACCAUCUGUAAGCAGAAGGUUUCUCCUCUCUCCUCGUCUACAGGCUGCCUGCAGGCCUGCAGCUCCAAAGAGUAGUUUGAAAUUUAAGAGCACUCACUCUGCAGCAAAAUCUGGGGACCAAAAUGUCCCCAGAAUACACUGCACAGCACACUGACUAGCAGCAAAAAAAAAAAAAAAAAUGACUGCUCGACUUGAAGCACUCUUAGUAGGCAGAGGGAUGUCUGACUGAUGAUUCGAAUCUCCAACUUUCAAGGGGAGUCCUACUCGUGAACAACCAAACAAGCAACAAGUCACUUAUGUUUUGAAUCUGAUAAUCGCUUGCUUGUUAGCAUCACGUACAGUUUCGAAGAUGUGUAAAUCAUUUGAUCUGUGUUCAUCAGACAAUAAGAUAAAAUUUUGAGAAAUAACUUUGACUAAAAUGAAAAAUUACCUGAAAUGUUCAAUAUUAUCUGUUGACUAAAAAAACACUAAAAUAUUGAGCUGUCAUUGAGACAAACUUCGCUAAAAUAGUUUUCUUUGACUCAGAGAGGACUGAAAAGCACAGAUUUUGAGUCGACUGAAAUUGAAUGGAGUGGUGGAAAGAGUCCUAAAGAUGACAAAUUUAACACUAAUAUGAGAGUGGCAGAAUAUUAGAAACACCUCAGAAUAAUGAAAUCUAAUCCAGAUUAUUUAAGAACACUACGUUUUCCCUCUGCAGAAUGUCAGAAUCUUUUUAGGAUCCGUAAAACUGCAGUUGUACUACAAUAUGUACUAAAAGGGAGUCAGGUGAGAAAGCUGCUUUGAAUAAGUAAUAAUUCCUAAAAGGUAACAUGUCACUGUUCAUUUGAAAUUUUAGGAAACAUUUCAGUUUUAAAAUUUUACAUAUUGCAGGUCUAAUGCAUGUGUAUGAUCUUUUUUUAGCAGCAGAAGGCUGAUGAGUCCAUGAAUCAUGUCACCAUGGACCAUUAGUUGUAAGUAAAGAUAUUAAACUGCAGAAAAACCACAGUUUGAUUUAGCAAUUGUCAGCCAAAACUUUAGUCAUUAAAUAACAUUGACAAUUCUGUUUUAUUUCCACUAUAAGAUAGCUGAUACUGAAAUCUCUCGGCUCUAUACAAUACCUUGGAAAAUUUCAGUAUUGGAUACCAUUUUCAAAACCACAGGGAAGAGAUGGACAUUUAGGGCGGACAGUUUGAUAAACCCUUUAAUGCUUGAACAAAUUGGUGUGAUUUCCUUCAAAAACAUAGGAAGAAGGCUAUGGGCAUCGUGAGAAGAAAUUACGGAAAAAUUAAG